UAAAUAAAAUUACUAGACACUAGAUGUCACAUGUGGUGGCAUUAAACUGUGAGUGUUUGAAUACAACAUCUAGUGUGUGGACACUAUCUGAACAGGCAAUAUGUUAGAAAAAUACUAAAUAUGCUGCUCAAAGGAGGUAGUUAAUGAGAUAAAUUCAACAUAGAUUUUCACCCAUUUCACCCAUUGUCUAUACUGUAGUUUCCUAAGUUUUCCCAAAUCCCUUUUGGGAAUCUACUUUCAUUUCUCCAAGCACACUUCAGUUUCAUUUUCCACUAUUGAAUUUGGGAGAGUUUAAAAAAGACUUUCUAUAGUAAAGUCAUUGUAGGACAUGUAUAUUGUCUAUGUACUUUCCCUAAUCCCUUAUGAGUGUAGUAGUAUAGCCUACUGACUUCCAUCAAGUACAGUUAAGUUUCAUUUCCCGUCUAGUGACCCGGUGUAUAUUUUAUGAUGAGCAAAGUCCAGUGUUACGUAGUGCCACAUAGGCCCUACCCUGACAGCUGUGCAGCAGACCCACAGAGGGACUCUCAGCUGUCUACCAUGCAGACCGCAGCGCUCGUGUAUAAGGUGACGUGUGCCCAGACUGGGCGAUCGGACCUCUGUCAACUGACGGACGAUCUAUCUGGUCAGAUCCAGAGAAAUGAGCUGGACCAAAUUCUGGGGAAUAAGCAGCUGUUUGUUAUUUGCAGUCUGGAUGGAAAGAAAACAGUCAUCGCCAAGACACAGCUAAGGCUCUGCAGGGCCCGGGAUUGCACUGGCUGUUCAAAUAUACACCUGUGUAAAUUGUACCUGCUUGGUGAGGAUUGCCCUCAUAAUCGUGGAAGGCGAGUGUGUCGCUUCAGCCAUGACCUGUACUCUGACCACAACAACCAGUUGCUGCGGCAACACUAUCUGCAGGAGCUCAAGAGGGAGGAGCUGUGUACCCUGCUAAUGCAGAAUGACUACACUCUUCUGCCACCGGUGUGCUUCACCUACAACCGAGGUGCAGGUGAGUUUGGGUUUUGUCCCGACAAGGACACCUGCCGGAGGCUCCACAUCUGUGAGAAGUACCUCAGGGGUACCUGUCACAGAGGUGACUGUGACAGGUCACAUGACUUCUUUGAGCCCCACCCAAAUAGAACAUUGCAGUCCAGGGGCGUGUCCAGCGGAAUGGUGGGAUCCUUACUGUCCGUGUACCGGAACAUUCUGGCCAUAUGGGAUUCGAAUAGUCCAGGCACUCACAGCAGAGGCACAGAAAUAUGCCUCUUUCAUAUCAAGAAUUACUGCAAACAAGGAAACAGAUGCGGUAAGGUCCAUUUCCACUUGCCAUACAGAUGGGAGUUUAAAGAUGGACAGGGCUGGUCGCAGCUCACAGACAACGAAGCCAUAGAGCAGGACUACUGUGACCCGUCAAAAUCAUACAGUGGGGGAAAUGUGCCUGUGCAUUUUGACACCAUGACCCGGAAUUCGGUGGAGGUUCGGCGCAUCUCCACGGUCUCCUCGGUGACCCAGCCCAACUUCAUCCUCACCACCAGAUGGGCGUGGUACUGGGAGGACGAGUUUGGGCACUGGACUCAGUACGCAUCAUCAGAGGGCACUGACACUUCAGCCACCAUCACUAGCGAGGAACUGGAGAAGAAGUACCAGGAGGACAACAGCGGCGUCAUCGAGUUCACCGCUGGAAGACACACCUAUGAACUCAGCAUGCAAGACAUGAUUCAGUCAAACCAGCGGUUUGGCACCAAAAGACUUGUGAGAAGACGACCUGUCUUUGUCUCAGCAGCAGAGGUUCGAAAGAUUAAAUCAAGUUCAGUCCAGACACAUAAGAGUAUACCUCACCACUGGGAUAAAUUGAACAUGCCAGAGACAGGAUUUAAGAGGGUUACACUUGAAAGUUCCUCAAAGGAGUACACAGCAAUUGCUGACCUCUUCAGGCAAACAAUGACUGGAUUUAGAGUGACCAGCAUGGAAAGGGUCCAGAACCGUGGUUUGUGGGAGGUUUUUCAAUGGCAAGCAGAUCAGAUGAGAAAAAAUAAUUCUGGAAGAACAAAUGAAAAAAUCCUCUUCCACGGUACUGACUCCAAGCACAUUGAUGCCAUCUGUCAGCAGAACUUUGACUGGCGCAUUUGUGGAACUCACGGAACCGCUUAUGGCAAAGGGAGUUACUUUGCCAGAGAUGCCUCAUACUCUCACAGAUACACCAGCUGUGAGGGAACCAGGGCCAUGUUUGUCUGUCGGGUUCUGGUAGGGGAACCUACUCAAGGCAGCUCCAGCCUCCUCCGACCACCGGCAAAAGAUGGAGAAGACACGCGUCUGUACGACAGCUGUGUGGACGAUGUCUGCAACCCCUCCAUCUUCGUGAUAUUUGAGAAGCACCAGGUGUACCCCGAGUACCUCCUCCAGUACGAGGAAGGGUCGGGGACGGAGGCUGCAGACGCCUCCGUAUCUCGCCCAGGUCGCCCCAGGACCAAAACUCUUUCCUCCUCAUCAGGCAAUUUGUUCUCUCCCCUGAGUCAGCCCACCAUUGUGACCUCGCACGUCGUCCGUCGCCGUGAACAAUCCAUGGAGCGCGUGCCAACGUCCUAUCUCACCAAGUCCAGAGGCUUCGGAUCCAUGACAUCUUUGAAUAAUCUACACCAGAUCAACUCCUCGUCUGCGUUCUCAGUUCAACGUCCCCAGCCCAGGAUGACUUUGUAUCAGUCCCCCGCCAGGUUGAGGCCAUUCGUGACAAACCCCCCGCGGCUACGGUACACACAGCCAAUGACCAGGAGGACCACCUCAAUGGCGGCCCUCGAUCAGCCUUGGUUGUUGUAGAUAUACGGGCUGUUAGUUUACCCUUGUCUUGAGACUCAGUCAUGUUUUGACAUUAUGAAUGGGUAACUUUGAAAGGUUUAUUUAACAAUGUGAGGGAUUACAACAUUUGUCUUCUUUGCAUUUAUUCAUAGAAUGACAAGUGCAAAUAUUAUGGGGAAUAAAUUGUAUUCAUUAGGUAUUGUAUUGUGUCCAUUCUAUGCCAUCCCUCAAUCACUCCUGCAUGUUUUUGCCCUGGGUUUGUGUUCCCAGGAAUUGUACCAGAGAAUUUGAUUGUUUAGUGACAAUGAUAAUAACAAGAUCUGUAAUGAACCAGAAAUAAACACAGUUGGCAAGAACCAUGA